AUGAAGCUGGAGGUGGACAAGAUAUUUCCCAAGGGCAUGGGGCCAUACAUGGACCUGGAUGAGACAGAAGGCAGCACUGGGCUCCUGAUGAACUUGGCAGUCAAUGAAAAGGCAGUCCAUGCAGACUUUUUAAAGGAUUUUGUAGAUCUCUUUGAUAAUGAUGAUAUCCAGUGA